AUGGAUUCAGCAGAUGUGACUGUUGUAGAUACUUAUUUUGAAAGAUUCCGCUUUGGAAAAGGAUUUAAAUAUCGUUGUACAUUAUGUAAGGGUAGAGCUAUGAAUGCUAUUAAAGAUCACAAGGAAUUACCAAGUCACAAAGCUAUGGUAGCUUCUCAAGAGGCUAUUGAUUCAAAUAAUCAACAGCAUCUUGGAUCCUUUCUUCAGAACAACAACAUGGAUUCUUCUGACAAGGAAGCAUCAGCAGAUGAAGAACAAGACAAAGCUAUUAUCAUUGAUGACAGAUCACUGUCUGAAGAUCUUGGUUUUACUGAGGCUCUUAUGCAGCUUCUGACCGGAAAUUACAGUGACUCUGAAUCCGAAAUUUCUGAUAGCUCUGAUAACAUUCAACCACCUGUUGAGCUUGCCAACGUCGACUGGGAGGCACUUCUGUUCAACAAGCUGAAUGAAGAUCAGGACCAAAGCUCGACUGGCUCUAAUUCAGAUGGAAUGAGUAGUUCAGAUAUAGAUGAUGUAGAAUUGGAAGAAGAUACAACACAAAAGACACCUCGAAUUGAUACAGACUGGUAUCCUUUCACAAAGGAGUUUGAAUCCCAUUCACUAGCAGGUUGUGGGAUUAUUAUCUCUAGGAUCUGGCCGCAACCUGGCAUCAGAGAGCCAGUACGAGCAUAA